UGAGAGAUCAUCACUUGUGAUAGGACUAUUCUUCAAAACUGUAACUGUUCCAAAAGUAUGAUCCAAUCAUAAGUAAUCAUCCGUUACGUAACUGUUGAGUUUCUGAAAGUAACCAGUCGCCUGUGUACGCGUAUUUGUAGAACACCUCAAAUUAACAUUAUUGACCAAUAGUGGCUUUGUUUUGAAUUAUUUUUAGUUAAUAAAUUUACAAUUUGUAAAAAUGCCUCCACAUGUUCCGCGAUCUUUUAUUUACAUCUCAGUGGCUGGAACUACUUUCGGUGCAGCAUAUUUGACAAAAGAUUAUAUGGGAGGUAACAAGUAUAAAGGAAAAGAAGAUCUGACUGGUAAGACUGUCAUUGUAACAGGAGCUAAUACUGGUAUUGGAAAAGAGACAGCCCUUGUAUUAGCUUCACGUGGCGCAAAAGUAAUCCUGGCAUGCAGAGACUCAAAGAAAUGUGAAGAGACACGUCGAAAUAUUGUACUUGGUACAAGAAAUAAGUAUGUUUAUUGUAGAAAGUGUGACUUGGCAUCUCAAGAGAGUAUCAGGGGAUUUGUUGAGCGGUUUAAAAAAGAACAUGAUAAACUUGAUAUUCUUAUUAAUAAUGCUGGUGUAAUGAGGUGUCCAAAAAGUUAUACUAAGGAUGGUAUUGAGAUGCACCUUGGAGUCAAUCAUAUGGGACAUUUUUUGUUGACCAAUUUACUUUUAGAUAUCUUAAAAGACUCGGCACCAGCUAGAAUUGUGAAUUUGUCAAGUACUGCUCAUCGUAGAGGCAAAAUAAAUACAGAAGAUUUAAAUUUGAACAAAGAUUAUGAUCCUGGUAGUGCUUAUGCACAAAGCAAAUUAGCUAAUAUUCUUUUCACCAGAGAAUUAGCAAAUAGAUUAAGAGGUACUGGUGUCACUGUAAAUGCUGUUCAUCCUGGUAUUGUUGAUACAGAGAUAACACGACAUAUGUGGGUAUUUAAUAACGGUUUUAUAAGAAUAUUGUUAACACCAUUCAUUUGGCCAUUUAUUAGAGCACCUGCACAAGGAGCACAAACAGUUUUAUAUGCAGCAUUAGAUCCUAAUCUUACGGAUGUUACUGGUUGUUAUUUUGAUAAUUGUGAAGCUAAAGAAGUAUCGGAUGAAGCUAAGAACGAUAAUUUGGCAAAGUGGUUGUGGAAAGUUAGUGAAAAAUGGACAAAGUUACAUGCUACUGCACAGUUAAAUAAUGUUUGAUAAAUAUAUGUAUAAAAUAAAAAUUUAUAGUAGUUUUAA